AUGGCGACUUCAAGACCGACACGGCCAAAUCCCCUGGACUGGCCGGCGCCAUCUCACCUGACAGUAUUUGUUCGCAACCUAAAGCUGCUUCAACUUGAUCAGCGCGAGGACUGGCCUAAUAUCACCGUCCGCUCGCUCUCCCCCUCAUCCCAGAAUCAGCGACAUCGCGUUCGUCUUGUUGAAUGGGCCUUGUACUACCUUUGUACUAUCUGGGAUCCUGAGAAUGCACAAAACAAACUCCGUCCCUUUUUCCCACCACUAGAACCCCUGCAGUCUGUCAAUCUUCGUGCAGCUUUGUUCCGGGUUCUGACAGAACUCAAGAAAAAUGGUGACCUCGGACGAGAAGCUGUUAUCCGCAAAACAAUGCUGGAUGACUGCAGGGGUGAGAAAUUUGACGAGCUGCUCGCCGUCUUCUCUACCGUUGUGUUACGGAAGCUCGUGGUCGUCUCAGCCGAAGAGAUGCAUUGGAACCUCGCCAUGAAGCUAUCUACAGCUGGUUCCAUUACUCUGGGACAGUAUCAGAAUAUGCUGCCUCUGAUCCUCGCGCACCAAGUGUCCCUCCAUGCGGCAGGGGCCCGUUGUGCUCGGGCACACGAGAUCUACGACCAGUUCUCCAGGCUUCUGGACGAUAAGAAGAUCGAACUUUCCGAGCGUGCCAAGAAGUCUGCAAGUGAGAAGUAUCAUAUGCCAGCUGAUUCGGAAAGCUUGGCUCGUGAGCUGCAAGCAAAUUGGCUGGGUAGUGAAGAGUGGGCUACCGCUCUACUCCACGGAGGGUCACAAAGCAGCACGGACUCUUUCCUAGAGCUACCAUUCUCGCAAGCAUGGGCUCAGGCAAAGGCGCCGAACGCGCAUGGUCUCACAACUGGAGCGAAGCCAGAUCUGGUGAUCGACUUGGAAAAACGGGUCUUGCGUCUGCGGAGUCGACUGCGAAAGUGGCAUGAGUUUAAUGAUUCGCUUCGUAAGGAGAGAUUUGGAAGCUCCAAUUCCGUGGGGGUUGAUUCUCAAGAGUCUCGCCUGCUGUUCCGGGAUCAUCAGGCCUUGACUGUUGCGAGCAUAUCGAAGACCGCUCGACAGUCUGGUGAUCGUGGAAGAUUCCUCCAAGACGCAGAUCGGUCGUUCUUGUCAAACGUGAAGGAAGCUUUGAUGCGUGUCAAUGGCCAGUCUCGCACGAAUGCCGGUCCUGCUGUUUCGGUGGAGAUCGCAACGAAGCCAGCAGCGCUCCAAAAACCCGUCACGGACUUUGAAAGCGGGCCACCCUCACCGAGCUAUGAUCCAGACCUUCCCUCACCACCACUAAACUUCGACUCUCCAGACCCAUCUCCACCCCAUGGAGAGGAGAGCAGCUUGCCCACUCCGACCGUCCGCCUGUCUCCUGACGAAGGCUCGGAGAUUGAGCCGGAGCCAGAGCCUCGCAAGAACGUGCCAACCUCACACUACACUCUCGCUGAGCGGACCCGUAAAUCGAUGUCUCUCAUCCCACCACUCCCCACACAUGAAACACAGCCCCGUCCUUUACGUCGUGGUCCACGGACUUCAUUCCCGGUGAACCAAUUCGAGACGCCGCGCAAAUCCUCGCGCCCGUCUGGUGGCCGAUCCGGAGCCUCCACUCCCCAGGACAAGCUCUUUGAAGAAGAUGCCGAGUACGCCAGUGUCUUCAAGUCCCGACCACGUGUGGCGCUGAGUCCUAUAUCUUCCCCUGCUGUCCAUGUGAGUCCUUCCUUGGAUGAGGAGGAGUUUGAAUUGGAGGAAGAUUAUGAUGGCGAGUGGGGUGAUAUUGAUUCACCUUUGGUUGCCUCUCGGAUGAGAUGA